CAUUUUGUUAAAUUAUAAUAUUUUUUGAUUUAGAUUCAAUAUAAUCCAACACGUUAAAGCUUAUUUUACUAAUAAAACGUAUUUUUUUACUUAUUUAAUAUAGAUAUUUCCACAAUAUUCCAUCUAUCUCCACACCUCUUAUUCUUAUUAUUGUUUUUUUCUUUUCUGUUCUCUCCUGAUCUCUCAUGGCUUCCACUACCAAAGAAAUAGCUACAGAGAUCCUCCCUUUCAUGCGGGUCUACAAAGACGGCUCCGUCGACCGCCUCCUCGAAUCGCCGCUCGUCCCUACGUCGCCCGGCGACCCCGAAACCGGGGUCUCGUCCAAGGACAUCUCAAUCUCCCUCAACCCCGCCAUUUCCGCCCGCUUGUUCCUACCACCAUUAAACCACAACAACCAAAAGCUCCCCGUCCUCGUCUACUUCCAUGGUGGCGGCUUCUGCUUCGAGUCCGCCUUUUCCUCCGAUCACCACCGCUUCCUCAACAGCCUCGUCUCCCAAGCCAAAGUCCUGGCCGUUUCCGUAGAGUACAGGCUCGCUCCUGAGUAUCCUCUUCCCGUCGCCUAUGAAGAUUGCUGGUACGCCCUCCAAUGGGUUGCUUCCCAUAAUUCAAAUCACGAUGAUCGUGAUGAUCAUGAUCAAGACAUUACCAAAGAGACGUGGCUGACAAACCAUGGAGACUUUGAAAAACUCUACAUUGGCGGCGACAGCGCGGGGGCCAACAUCGUCCACAACGUCGCUCUCCGCGCAGGGACCGAGUCCGAGAGCCUGCCUUGCAAUGUCAAGAUCCAUGGCGCGUUCCUCGCUCAUCCUUACUUUUGGGGCUCCAAGCCGAUCGGCUCAGAGCCAAAAGAAGGGUUUGAGAAUGCACUAGAACGUUUGGUUUGGGACUUUGCGUACCCGUCAGCAUCGUGGGGGAUCGAUAACCUGAUGAUCAACCCGGUGAGCGGGGGCGGUGCGCCGAGCUUAGCGGGGCUCGGGUGCUCGAGGAUGCUGGUGUGUGUGGCGGGGAAGGAUCGGCUGAGGGAGAGAGGGGUUUGGUAUUAUGAGGCGGUGAAGGAGAGUGGGUGGAAAGGGGAAGUUGAGCUGUUUGAGGUGGAGGAAGAGGAUCAUGCUUUCCAUAUAUACAACAUUGAUUCUCACAAUGCUAAUGUCAUGAUCAAACGCUUGGCUUCUUUUCUUGUUUGAUAAUUAAUGAAAUGGUGUUUUUCUUGCUCUUUUUAAGUGUUCUAGUUAUGUAUCUAUGGUGCUAGUACCAUUCAUGAUGUGUUAUUUGUGUAUUGGAAGUAAUGUUUUAUGGAUUUCCGGUUGCAUUGAGAAAUUGCACGAUGGCCAUGACAAAUUGGCUGAAAUAAUAAACAUAAAGGAUUACUAAAUUGUAA